AUGAGUAAGGCCAAGUCAACUCACCUCUAUCCUCCCCUCUUUCUUUCCCUCUCUCCUUGCCUCUCUCCCCACCUUUCUCUCCUUGCCCCUCUACUCCCCCCUCCUCUCCUUUCCUUUCUCCUCCCCUCCUCCCUCGCUCGAUCCUCCAUCGCAGCUCCCUCUAUACCAACCAACUCAGCGGCCCCCUUCCCUCCUCUCAUCCUCUCAUCCCCUCUUCCAAUCCCCUCCCCCCCCCCUCGCUCGAUCCCCCAACGCAGCUCCCUCUAUGCCAACCAACUCAGCGGCCCUCUUCCCGACUUCAGUCUCUUUCGCAACCUGCUCCAAUGGUGCAAAACCUUCCCUUCCGCAACCUUCUCUUCCAACGCGUUGCUGCUACUCAACAGUCGCAACACUGUACUCUACUCUACGCGCCUCUUCCCUUUCGCCUCUUCCCUUUCGCCUCUUCCCUUUCGUCUCUUCCCUUUCGCCUCUUCCCUUUCGCCUCUUCCCUUUUGCCUCUUCCCUUUCGUCUCUUCCCUUUCGUCUCUUCCCUUUCGUCUCUUCCCUUUCGUCUCUUCCCUUUCAUCUCUUCCCUUUUGCCUCUUCCCUUUCAUCUCUUCCCUUACAUGGUACCUCCAGGACAACCAUCUAAAGCUCAAACGUCCACAAUCUCCCCCCGUGCGCCCCUCCCGCCCCUCCACCCCACCCCACUGCACCCCACUGGACCCCACUCCCCCCAUCUCCACCCCACUCCACGCAUCUCCACCCCACUCCACCCAUCUCCACCCCACUCCACCCAUGUCCACCCCACUCCACCCAACUCCACCCCGCUCCAGUGACCUUUCGUACAACAGUCUGUCUGGCAGCAUCCCUUCCAAUAUUGGCACCCUCAGCUGGCUCACCUCCCUGUCAGUCACUGCCUUGCGCAAGAAUCGCAACAGUGGCAUCAUUCCGAAUUCCACCACCACCCUUGCUUGUUCCCUUUCUCCUCCCUCGCACCGCCCUCCUCUCCCCCACAUCCCCCCCACCCCUACCAGCUUAUUGAACAAGAAUCCCAUUCGUGGGCGUCGACUCAAGAACCCCCCUCUGCUGUCCAUCUGUGGCCGUAUUCUGCGCCCCUCUAUCAAACACAGCGACCUAUCCUACAACCAGCUCUCUGGCACCCUGCCGGCCAACAUCGGUAACCUUCAGAAGCUCGUCGACCUGUACGUGUAUCCCCUCUCCCUCUUCCUAAGGUCGUACGACGGGCUGCUCAUGUCGUGCCCCACAGGGCUCUGCACUUUUGAUGCUGUCAACACCAGCUUUCACCCCCCUUUCCAUCACCAUCACCCCACCCAUUACCGCAGGUCGUACGACGCGCUGCUCAUGUCGUGCCCCACAAAGCCUUGUACCGUUGAUGCUGUCAACAUGCGCUAUCUCACCUUAUGCUCCCACCCCUCUUUCCAUCAUCAGCACCCCACACCUCACCGCAGAUCGUAUGACGGCCUGCUCAUGUCGUGCCCCACAGGGGCAUGCACCGUUGAUGCUGUCAACACCACCCUCUUCUGCUCCGACUGCUCUGUCUUCUGCUCCUCUUGCGGUGCCACACCUGCGCAACCCUCCUCUCCAGUCCCAGCCAGCCCUCCGCCCGCCCCUCCUUCCUCCCCCUCGCCACCUGCCCCUUCCCCUUCCCCCCCGUCCGCGGAGGGGGGAGGGGGGGGUGUCGACAGGGGUGGUUGUGGGGGUGGUAGUGGGAGCAGUGGUGCUGUUGCUGGGAGUGGUGCUUGUAGCGGUGUGCUUGUAUCAGAGGAAGCGCAAGGCAAGAGCAGCAGCAGAUCAAGGGUAGUGUUGCAAGAUGACCCAUCAGUGGUUGGGGCUGUGAAGCGAGCCACCGUCAUCACAAGUGACUUCCGCUGGGAGAUCAACGAGAUGGCAUCGAAGCACCACCCCAACCUCGUGCGGCUACUGGGCUACUGCAUCGAGGUGGAUAAGGCAGCUGAGAGCACGGAGCAGAUUCUCAUCUAUGAGUUCAUGGAUAAUGGGGAUCUGGAGAGACCAGGUGGGUGGGUGUUGCCCUACCCUAUGGUGGGUGGUAUGGCUGUUGGGCUGGGCUACUGCAUCGAGGUGGACAAGGCAGCUGAGAGCACGGAGCAGAUUCUCAUCUAUGGGUACAUGGAUAACGGAGGCCUCGAGAGGUGGAUCGGACGAGGCGAGGUGCGUGACCGUAUGGGUUUUUCAGGGGCCCGAGAAGGCAUCUCGUGCCUCGAAGCACCUCAGUACUCGUCAAUGAGUUGA